AUGUCUGCUUCGAACAGCUGCACCGUCGAGGAGGUCCGCAAGGAGUAUGCGAAGCUGUUGGACCCGCAGGAGCCAUUGGACAGCCGCAUGCGGGAGCUUUACCGGCUCAAGGAAGAUUGCCUCAAGACCGUAGCUGGUGUGACGGUAAUCCUGGAGGCCAUUGACACCACCGAUUCCGUCUUACUGCAGCACGAGCUGGCCUACAACGCUGGCCAGAGCGGCCGAGAGGAGGCCGUGCCGGAGCUGGAGCGCAUCCUGCGCACCACUAGCUACGAUGUCGUGACGCGGCAUGAGGCGGCUGAGGCGCUUGGCGCCAUCGGCUCGCCGCUCGCGCUGCAGGUACUCGAGACGCAUAGUGCCCCCACCACAGAGCCGGAGGCGUCGAUCCGCGAGACCUGCGAACUUGCAUUGGCCCGAAUCGCGAUGAAAGAAACGAAGGGUGACGCUGCCGUGGCUCCGCCAAGCGGGUGCGAGUUCGUGUCUGUGGAUCCGUCGCCGGCGUUUAGCGCGCUGUACUCCAGCACUGACGAGCCGGUGCCGCUCACCGUAGAGGAACUGGAGGCAGUGCUGCUGGAUACGUCGGGCCGCACACGACUGUUCCGCCGUUACAUGGCCAUGUUUACCUUGCGCAACUUGGCGACGGAGGCGGCGGUCGCCGCGCUCUGUCGUGGCCUUCGCGAGGAUACCAUCUCGGCACUGUUCCGCCACGAGGUGGCUUUCGUCCUCGGGCAACUCGAGCGCCCGAGCAGCCAGCCAGCUCUGAUUGCGGCUCUCAAGGACGAGGAGGAGGCACCGAUGGUGCGGCACGAGGCUGCGGAGGCGCUCGGCGCGAUCGCCGAUCCGGCGACGCUGCCAGUGCUGGAGAGCUACGCGACGCACCACGAGCCGAUUGUCCGCGAUAGCUGCGUGGUGGCGCUGGAAAUGCACAAGUACUGGGCGCACUUCAACAGCCUCGCUCAUCAGCAGCAGGAGGCGUGA